AUGAGGUGUAGUGCACAUGUCUUGAAUAUUAUUGUGCAAGAGGGAUUAAAGGUGGCUUCUGAUGCUUUGCAAAAGAUUAGAGAGAGUAUAAAAUAUGUAAGAGGAUCAGAGGCAAGAAAAAUUGCAUUUAAAGAAUGUGUUAUGCAAGUAAGGGGUAUUGAUUCCAAAGUAGGUUUGAGAAUGGAUGUUCCUACUAGAUGGAAUUCUUCCUAUCUUAUGCUUGAGAGUGCAAUUAGAUAUCGACAUGCCUUUGGAAGUUCUUCUUAUCCAACUUCUAAUCGUUACUUCAUGCAAGUUUGGAAAAUUGAAUGUUUGUUGCUGGACAAUGUUAAAAGUGAUGAUCUGACGAUUAAAGAUAUGUCAUUGAGUAUGAUGAACAAGUUUAGUAAGUAUUGGGAUCAAUAUUGUGACAUUCUUGCUAUUGCGACUAUUCUUGAUCCACGGAUGAAGUUUGAAGCAAUUCGAUUUUGUUAUAGAAAGAUUAAUCAUUCUACUUGUGCAGAAAAGAUUAAUUUUUUAAAGGAUAAGAUGUAUAAGUUGUUUGAAGAAUAUGUCAAAUUAAAUUCAAUUGAGUUAAACACUUCAUGUUCUGAAGUUUCCCUUCCAACACAACCUUCUUUUACUAAUGAUGAGCCGGUGAUGGAUGCAUUUGAUGAAUAUGUGGAUUAUUUGAGCCAACAUGUUAAUGACACUCGAAGGUCUGAAUUGGACCUUUAUUUAGAUGAAGGGAAUCUUGAUCCAAUUUUUUUUGAUAAGUUGGAUGUAUUGAGUUAUUGGAGGGAUCGUCGAGAUCAAUAUCCAAACUUAUCUAAGAUGGCUUGUGACAUUCUUAGCAUUCUAAUCACAACAGUUGCUAGUGAGUCUGCCUUUAGUCUUGGUUCUCGUGUGCUAACCAAAUAUCGUUCUUCCAUUCUUCCAGAGAAUGUUGAGGCACUCAUUUUAACUCAAAAUUGGUUACAGGAUUUUGAAUUAACAGUGCUGGAGCUGGACAGCAUAAAGCCACAGAGACAUAAAUCACUGAUUGUAGAUAAAAUUGAUGAUGCCUAA